UCUAUCUUACUCCACUAAAGUAUAAUCAAGAAUUCAAGAAAGAUAAUGGAAUCCCUUUCCUUUCCAUCUUGUAAUAAGCUUCUUGUGUUUCUUCUCUAUGUAUCAUCAAUGUUCAUCAAAAGUAGUAGUAGUACCAACUUGGUUACAAAGUCUAGUAUCAUCAACGUUGACAAAACCAAGCCGGCGAGCACCAGAGCUCAGUUUAUGGCCAGCCAUAACGCUGCCCGGCAGGUUGUCGGCGUCCCACCGCUCGUGUGGGACACCGGGCUUACUACGUUUGCCCGUGUUUAUGCUAAUCAGCGUCGGAAAGACUGCUCUCUCAUACAUUCACCCGGGUAUGCUUACGGAGAGAACAUCUUUUGGGGGAAAGGACGGCGAUGGAGCGCAACUGAUGUGGUGGCUUCAUGGGUGGCGGAGAAGCAGUGGUAUCACUACAACAACAACUCAUGCUCGGGGCCUGACUGUACACACUACACGCAGAUCGUAUGGCGCACAACAGAACGGGUCGGGUGUGCCAAGAUUGUGUGUGACAGCGGUGAUACCUUCGCCAUUUGUGAGUAUUAUCCUCCGGGGAACUACAUAGGAGCUCGGCCAUAUGCGCAGCCAGAGCAGAAGCCCUGAGAAAAGCAAGAUGUAUCAGUGAAAUAUGUAAAUCAAAUAAAUGCAACUGCAUUCUUUGUAUACCAUGUAUUCGGUACAUAAUUUGCAUAUUGAAUUUGGAAUAAAACAACAAAUACAGUCUUUUCA